GCGCGUGGCUCCCGCUGCGCAGGAACAGCUGGUUCCUCUGGGGGCAGCCGGGGAGCGGGCGGGCGGGCGGCCGUGGGGUGCGGGGGGUCGGCCGGGCCACGCUGCAGGAGCAGCAGCCGCCGCCGCCUCCACCCUGCAUCACUGCACCAUGUCCAGGCAGUUGGAGCGUUGCGAACGCGAAUGGCAUGAGCUGGAGGGAGAAUUUCAGGAAUUGCAGGAGACACACAGGAUCUAUAAGCAAAAGCUGGAGGAGCUGAGUGCACUGCAGACUCUGUGCAGUGGUACCAUCAGUAAGCAGAAGAAGCGCCUGAAGGACCUGAAGCACACACUCCAGAGGUACAAGCACCAUGCCAGUCAGGAGGAGGCAGAGCUUAUUCAGCAGAUUGCUACGAACAUCAAGGAACGGCAGAAUGUCUUCUUUGACAUGGAGGCCUAUCUGCCCAAGAAGAAUGGGCUCUACCUGAAUCUGGUUCUCGGCAAUGUGAAUGUAACCCUCCUCAGCAACCAGGCCAAGUUUGCCUACAAGGACGAGUAUGAGAAGUUCAAGCUGUACCUGACCAUCAUCCUACUCCUGGGUGCUGUGGCAUGUCGAUUUGUGCUCCACUACAGGGUGACCGACGAGAUCUUUAACUUCCUGCUGGUGUGGUAUUACUGUACCCUGACGAUUCGGGAGAGCAUCCUCAUCAGCAACGGCUCAAGAAUUAAAGGCUGGUGGGUGUCUCACCAUUAUGUCUCCACGUUCCUGUCUGGAGUGAUGCUGACCUGGCCCAAUGGACCGAUUUAUCAGAAGUUCCGAAAUCAGUUUUUAGCAUUUUCAAUUUUUCAGAGCUGUGUCCAGUUCCUACAAUAUUAUUACCAGAGGGGCUGCCUCUACCGACUACGGGCCCUAGGGGAGAGGAAUCACCUGGACCUCACUGUGGAAGGCUUCCAGUCCUGGAUGUGGCGCGGUCUCACCUUCCUCCUGCCUUUCCUCUUCUGUGGCCACUUCUGGCAGCUCUACAAUGCAGUCACGUUGUUCGAGCUCUCCAGCCACGAGGAAUGCAAAGAAUGGCAGGUGUUUGUGCUGGCACUCACGUUCCUCAUCCUCUUCCUCGGCAAUUUCUUGACCACACUCAAAGUCGUGCACACCAAACUCCAGAAGAACAGAAACAAGACCAAGAAGGCUUGAGCCUCAGACUCCUGUGCCCCUUGAG